GAGUUUGUUUAAAAAAUUUUUAUUAACGUUAAUUUUCAGUAUACAGUGACUGAUUUUAUGGAAGUUGUAAUGAAAUACAUGCACUCAAAAAUAGGUGGUAGAAUGGUAACAACUCUCUAAGUCUUUUGUUUCAUGCCGUUUUAAAUAUAGUAAAUCAGCUGAUACUUGGUAAACAGGAUAAACAAGAAUAUUUAAUAUUCAAUAUACCUUGUAACAGUUACAUUUAAAUGAUUAUUUAGUAUUUGACAAAAAAUUCCUAUCCAGUUUAGAUAUUAUUUUUCUAAACUUUGACUUUCCCAUUGUAUAGCUGUCUUGAAUAAUAAAAAUAAUCUUCGUGUAUAUAAAAUUAAAACCAGUUUAUAUUUUUCAGUGUGCUAAGAAUUUUUAACGAAGAUGGCUUCAGCAGAUGACGUGGAAAUACAGACUUUGGUAUUUUUUGAUACUGAAACUACUGGACUUCCAGUUCGUUUUUCAGAUAAUAGAAAUGUACAAAUCACAGAAUUAUCACUUGUAGCUGUUGACAGAAGAGAAUUUGAAAGCAAUAAGGAAAACAUUCGUGUCAUUAAUAAAUUAAACCUCUGCUUUAGACCAAGUUGCGAUAUUUCAUCCGGGGCUGCAAAAGUGUCAGGUUUAACCGAUUCAUUACUUCAGUUUCAAGAAACAUUUAUAAACAGUGCCGAAUUAAUAAUAUUAUUCCUUGAAAGAUUGAAUAAACCUAUUUGUAUUUUGGCUCAUAAUGGUGAUAAAUUUGAUUUUCCUCUUUUAAGAGCAGAAUUUAUUAAUUCUAGAAUGGAUAUUUCUAAAUUGAUGUUUUGUGCAGACACCUUACUUGCCUUCAAGUCCAUUCUUCCUAAUACAGACAUUAAAAUUCAAUCUUCUUCAGUAAGGAAUGAAGAUUUGGAUCAAAAUGAUGUUAAACGGAAUACUUCUGCUGAUAAAAAAACUCCAUCAAAAUCAAAAGUAGAAAUUGUGUCUUACAAAUUAAGCAGCCUGUACGAAUAUUUCUUUAAUUGUUCUCAACCCGAUUCACAUGAAGCCGAAGGUGACACUUUGGCUCUGUUAAAAAUGGCAAAGAAAAUAAAUGAUCAGUUUCUGACAUGGAUGGAAGAAAAUAAAGUCCCAUUUGAAACUAUAAACUCAUUAUGGAAAAUUGAAUAUCUUACUGAUGAUCUUACAAAUGUACAUUUGGAUAAUAAAUGUAACAAUGACAAAGAUGACAAUAUUGUUAAAGAUAAUAUAGACUUUCUCAAAAGUAGUUCGUCUAAUGAAAUAUGUAAAAACUCUGCAGACAUGCGACAAAUCUCAGAGGAUCAGAAAUUAUGUGAAACAAAAAGUCCAGUCAAAGAACCUCUAUUUACUAAUUCUCCAGAUGUUAAACAGAAUACUUGUGUUGAUAAAAAAACUCCAUUGAAAAUAAAAGUAAAAAUAUCUGACGAAUUCAGAAGCCUGUAUAACUAUUUUUUUAAUUGUCCUCUACCCGAUUCACGUACAGCCGAAGGUGACGCUUUGGCUCUGUUAAAAAUGGCAAAGAAAGUAAAUGAUCAAUUUCUGACAUGGCUGGAAGAAAAUAUAAUCCCAUUUGACAGUAUUCCCAUUAUAAAUGAUUAAAGAUAAUUUUUAGUCACUAUACAUAGAAAUAUAUGUAAUACACAUCGAAUAAUAAUACAAGAAUGUGCAAUGAAUUGCUUUUAAUUAUAUAAAAAAAAAAUUCAUAAUUGAAUUAGUUUUUGUAAUUGCAUGCUUCACCUUUUUUUUAAAUCAUAACUUUAUAUUUUUAUAUUAUAAGAAAAUGCUUUAUGCUUUUUUAUUUA